GAAGUACGCUAGGGACUUGGAGAGUCUUCAAAGUAUUUUUCAGGGGGUCAUGAAGCGCUUGAAUAAGGCUUAUGUUAGGAACAGCAGAACGUACAAUUUACGGAAGCGCGAUGUUGAAUUCUUUGUCGGUGAUCGAGUGUGGAAACGGAAUAAAGUACUGUCCAACGCAUCCAAAGCGUUCGCCCAGAAACUAGCACCGCGUUAUGUUCCGUGUACGGUACGGAGAAAGUUGUCUAAGCUUGCUUAUGAGCUGGUGGAUGAAUCCAACGCAAAUAUAGGUGUUUGGCACAUAAAGGACUUGAAGCCCUUUAUUUCGGCCGAAGAUUCCGAUGUCGAGUCCCAAGGAGGGGGGUAGUGUAACAUGAAAAUGUUACCACGAUUUAAAUAGCGCGCGCAUUUAGAGAGUAGGGGGGUAGGAGCUGGAAGGUUCGAGAAGAGCGUGGCUUGGG